GUGCUCUCGGUUCGUGCCGAUCUGAUUGACGACCGAGAGGUUCUUGCUGGCCUGAGCCGGUGCUUGGAAGACAUGCCGAAGAGGAUACUGUCGCAAGUUGGCUGGCACGAUGCCUCCCCUGGUCUGGGCCACGCUUUGAACGCCGGCACUGUAGCGCAGGUCAAUGACAUGAGCUUGUUCGGCCCGUCCGUCCUCAAGGUCACCUUUCCGGAUGUCUACAAGCGCUUUGUGACGGACUUCCGGCUCUUCUCGCAUGCGAGAGCUAUUCUGAAAUCACUGAACCUGCGCGACGACAAAGCUCAGAUAGUCGCUGCGAUGUUCGACGCAGUCGGGAAGAGCGAGCGGCAUGUCCUGCAGGAGUUCGACCUGACACUCGAAGCGAGGUCGCUGUGGACCGGACAGGAGCUGCUGGCAGAGUGGCCUGCAGCAUACCUGUCAUGGAAGGCGGCAAUGAACAGCGUGGCCCAGGUCCAGUCCCAGAGUUGGCGCAUUGGCAUUCCAACGCCCGUAGCCGAUCGCGUAGCGCGCUCGGCUCUGGUGAUGUCUCGGGCUGGAGGCCGCUCCCUUCAAGAGCUGGUGGAGCUUGGGGUCGAUCUACUAAUUAAGUGGAAUGGUGUGCAACUAUUUGGUGACCUAGACCUGCGUGACUCUGAGACCGUGAAG